AUGGCCCCUAGGAGUCUCCGAUUCGCCAAAGACCAGCCGACUGGCUUUGUCAACCGCAUCGAAAAAGUUGCGAUCGUUGGAGCUGCUGGCACCAUGGGGAAGUUUGUCACCCGGGAGCUACUGAAAGGCGGAAAGCACACAAUCACCGCAAUUACCCGACACGAUAGCAAUUCCAAAUUACCUGAGGGUGUCAUUGCUGCUAAGGUUAAUUACGAAGAAAUGAGCUCGAUUGUGGAGGCUCUCGCGGGACAACAAUACUUAAUCAUCACCAUGAAGUCAACAGUCGGCCAGGAGACUCAGAACAAACUAGUACGGGCUGCGGCCAAAGCUGGUGUCCCUUACGUGAUGCCAAACGCGUGGGGCCCGGAUCCGAAAAACGACGGGAUGAUGAAAGACGCUCUUCUCGGCUCUUCAUUUGAAGGAGCAAUCAAAGAGAUUGAACGGCUCGGUGUCAGUGAAUGGAUCAUCAUGUCUUGUGGGUUCUGGUACGAAUACAGCGUGGCCGGCUCGCCUAAUCGGUAUGGAUUUGACAUUAAGAACAAGUCACUUACUCUGUUCGAUGAGGGCGACGUAAAAAUCAACACCUCUACCUGGUCUCAGUGUGGCCGCGGCUUGGCCGCCUUUCUGAACCUUAAGUGGUUGCCGGAUGACAAGGACGACAAGUCUCCUAGCAUUCAGAAAUGGGCUAACGAUGUGUUUUACAUCUCGAGCUUCUUGGCUUCCCAGCGAGACAUGUUCGAGAGCAUGAAGCGGGUGACGAGUACAGCUGAUGAGGACUGGGACAUCAAGCAUGAGAGCUCCAAGAAGAGGUGGGAGGCCGGCCACGAUGCUUUGAGAUCUGGGGACAGGAACGGGUUUUCGCGACUGAUGUACUCGCGCAUCUUCUUCUCCUCGACUGACGGAGAUGUUGAGCAUAAGCACGGUUUGGCGAAUGCGGCCUUGAAUCUUCCAAAGGAAGACCUAGAUAAAGCUACUGCAGAGGCCGUACAGAUGUGUAUCUCAGGAGAAUUGGACUCUUACUAG